AUGGGGUCCCGACAACAUGUUCGGGACUAUAGAAGCAGUUCCCCGCUUCCCUAUGGAGAUGAUAUCAGGGCUUACAAGAAAGAGUAUGCCGAAGCUCUGGAUGCUCAAGACCCUCUUCGGUCCUUCCGGGAUGAGUUUAUUAUUCCGUCCAAGAAGGAUUUGCAGCGGAAGACUCUGGCGGUGGAUGAGGGUAACGAAGCAUCUGACUCGAGAUGCAUUUACUUUUGCGGCAAUUCACUGGGAGUCCAGCCUUGCAGUACCCAGAAAUAUAUUCAGCAGUACCUGAGAACUUGGGCAACGAAAGGCGUGACCGGGCAUUUCGUACCUCAUGACGAUCAAUUGCUACCACCAUUUGUCGACGUCGAUACCGCAGGCUCUAAACUCAUGGCCCCGGUGGUUGGUGCCUCUCAGAGCGAAGUAGCUGUUAUGGGAACCUUGACUGCCAACUUGCACUUGCUAAUGGCAAGCUUCUAUCGCCCAACAAAAGAGAAGUACAAGAUUAUCCUGGAAGGCAAGGCCUUUCCUAGUGAUCAUUAUGCGGUUGAGUCUCAGCUUCGCCACCAUAACUUCGAUCCGAAGGAGGGCAUGGUGUUGAUUGAGCCGAAGGACUUAGAUCAACCUACCCUGAGCACAGAACAAAUCAUCAAAGUAAUCGAUGAUAAUGCUUCGAGUACUGCGCUAAUCCUGCUCUCAGCUAUUCAAUUCUACACAGGGCAGUACUUUGAUAUUGAACGGAUCACCGCCCACGCCCACUCCCAAGGCAUUUUGAUCGGUUGGGACUGUGCCCAUGCCGCCGGCAAUGUGGAUUUGCGUCUUCACGAUUGGAAUGUGGAUUUUGCCGCCUGGUGCAAUUACAAGUAUCUCAACAGCGGUCCGGGUGGAAUAGCAGGACUAUUUGUCCAUGAGCGCCACGGCUCCAUCGAUGAGAAACAGCCCGAGGGCGACGAGACAUUCCGGCCUCGACUCUCGGGCUGGUGGGGUGGAGAUAUCAAGACGCGCUUCAACAUGGAGAACAAAUUCCUGCCCCAACCCGGCGCGGCUGGGUUCCAACUAUCGAACCCUUCUGUCCUGGAUAUCACCGCAGUUGUCGCAUCUCUCGAAAUAUUCAAUCGAGCGACAAUGAAAGAGAUCCGACAGAAGUCCCUCCAUCUUACAGGAUAUCUAGAACAUCUUCUGAUGAAGUAUCCUCUGGAUGCAACUCCAGAAGAUAAACCAUUUACCCUCAUCACGCCAUCAAAUCCAGCUGAGAGAGGUGCUCAGCUCAGUCUUCGUCUCCAGCCAGGGUUACUUGAUUAUGUUCUGCAUUGCUUGGAGGAGAAUGGUAUUGUUAUUGACGAGAGGAAACCAGACGUGAUUCGGGUCGCCCCUGCGCCAUUGUACAACACCUAUACAGAAGUGUGGGAGUUCUGUCAAGUCUUCCUGAAAGCAUGUAAAGAGGCUGUCAAAGCGCGCUGA